AUGGCUGCUGGAAAAAAGGAGCUUCUGAUGUUGGAAAACUUCAUAGGUGGAAAAUUUUUACCCUGUAGCUCAUACAUAGAUUCGUAUGAUCCAUCAACAGGGGAAGUGUAUUGCAAAGUACCAAACAGUGGAAAAGAAGAGAUUGAAGCUGCAGUGGGGGCUGCCAGAGAGGCUUUCCCUGCCUGGUCAUCCUGGAGCCCCCAGGAGCGUUCUGUGGUCCUGAACCGACUGGCUGACUUAGUGGAGCAGUCCCUGGAGGAGUUAGCCCAGGCUGAAUCUAAAGACCAAGGGAAAACCCUCAGCCUGGCAAGGACCAUGGACAUUCCUCGCGCAGCUCAGAACUUCCGGUUCUUUGCUUCCUCCAUCCUGCACCACACGACGGAGUGCACGCAAAUGGACCACCUGAGCUGUAUGCACUACACUGUUCGCACCCCGGUGGGAAUCGCUGGUUUGAUCAGCCCUUGGAACUUGCCGCUCUACCUGUUGACCUGGAAGAUAGCUCCGGCCAUUGCUGCGGGGAACACUGUGAUAGCCAAGCCCAGCGAGCUGACGUCAGUGACUGCGUGGAUGUUGUGCAAACUCGUGGACAAAGCGGGUGUUCCACCAGGUGUGAUCAAUAUUGUGUUUGGAACGGGGCCCAGGGUGGGUGAGGCCCUGGUAUCCCACCCAGAGGUACCCGUGAUUUCCUUCACUGGGAGCCAGCCCACAGCUGAGAGGAUUACCCAGCUAAGCGCCCCCCACUGCAAGAAGCUCUCCCUGGAGCUGGGAGGCAAGAAUCCUGCUAUCAUCUUUGAGGAUGCCAAUCUGGAGGAGUGUAUCCCAGCAACCGUUAGGUCCAGCUUUGCUAACCAGGGGGAGAUCUGCCUCUGUACCAGCAGGAUCUUUGUCCAGAAGAGCAUCUAUAGUGAAUUUCUGAAGAGGUUUGUAGAAGCUACCAGAAAGUGGAAAGUUGGAAUGCCCUCCGAUCCAUCAGCCAGCAUGGGUGCUUUGAUAAGUAAAACACAUUUGGAGAAAGUCAGAAGUUAUGUAAUGAAAGCUCGUGCGGAGGGGGCCCAGAUUCUGUGUGGUGAGGGUGUAGACCAGCUGAGCCUCCCACUCAGGAACCAGGCAGGCUACUUCAUGUUGCCUACAGUGAUAACAGAUGUUAAGGAUGAGUCCUGCUGCAUGAAAGAAGAGAUAUUUGGUCCAGUGACAUGCGUUGUCCCCUUUGACACUGAAGAGGACGUGAUUAAAAGAGCUAACAGUGUUAAGUAUGGACUGGCAGCUACCGUGUGGUCAAGUAAUGUGAGUCGCAUCCACAGGGUAGCUAAGAAGCUGCAGGCAGGGCUGGUCUGGACCAACUGCUGGCUCAUCAGGGAACUGAACCUGCCCUUUGGGGGGAUGAAGAGCUCUGGAAUAGGAAGAGAAGGAGCCAAGGACUCAUACGACUUCUUCACUGAAAUAAAAACCAUUACUGUUAAGCACUGACUUUCUGCCGUGGAGAGGCGGCUGCAGCUGAUACCUGAAGACCAGAGAAUCGUGGGCGCACUGCAGUGAACAGAAAUCCUAGUGUGUCUUCAGCCAUGUCUUGACUUGCCAGGAGAUGAGCUCUUGUUGACCUUCACUAGUUGGUAUUUUUACCAGCUUGUGAAAAGAUAUGCAGUAUUUAGUGUGGAAUGAGAACGAGACUUCUAAAGAAGAGAGGCAACAAGGCCAGCCAGCUAACAGUCUCCCUGGCCCUCAUGUUAUACCUUCGUGCAUGCCAUUGUUUGAUUGAAUUCUUGAAAGGCUGCCCAAAAUAGAUAUUUUCAUUUACAAAUAUAUGACAACACAAAACCAAAAGCCUACAAAGAUGGAGACCAGGGAGUUGGCUCAGUGGGUAAAAGGUUUGUUGUCUAAGCAUGAGGACCUGAGUUCAAACCCCCAACAGCAGUGUAAAAGCCUGACCGCAUGUAUGUGUGCGCACAUGCACAUAUACACACAACCACCACCAUCAACAACAACAAACCUGAAGAGAUUCAGCCCACCAUCAUUUUCUACCUUGGUGAAACUGUGGAGAUGAUCUCCCUAACCCCAGUCACUAGCAAACUGAUUGAUGAUUGGCUGACACCAUUAGUAUCAGGAAGUGAUGGUCAUAAGGUGCCUGUAAGUCUCACACAUGAUAGGUCUUACUACGUGUGCCUGAUAAGAAUAAAGGAAAACAAGUGAUUAUUUUUUAGAGGAGACUUGGAACACAUAACAUAGUUUAAUCCAUUUUCCGCUGUCAAGUCCAAUCGACUCUGAUUCUUCAAAGGAGAAAUAAAUUGUUCACCAGUA